UCCUUUUCAUCUCACGCUCAUUCCUCUUCGUGCCGGCAGCAUGGGCAACUCGUCGUCAUCCAAGAAAUCGCGCGGAGACACACGCAAAGGCAAUAAACCGUCGCGAAAGUCAUCAUUCCGCCUGCGUUCUCGACGCCAGAAGAAAGAAAAAGUGCCACCGCCCAAACUCUACGUUAGCAAUGCAAAUGCCUCGUGCCGCAUGGUGUGGCUCUACUGUCUUGAACACGAGAUUCCGCUCGAGGUGCAGUUUCUGGAGGAUCGGCGCGGGCUGACGACGACGGAAGAGUUUCAUUGUAUGAAUCCGUUUCAUACCGUUCCCGUGCUCAAGGACGGAGACGUGGUGUUGUUUGAGAGUGUCGCUAUCAUUCACUACUUGGCUCAGGAGUACACCAACUUUGCUGGAUUCGGGUCGGAUCCGGCGAUCCGUGCGAGAGCCGGCUCUAUUGUCUGUUGGGCAAGCAAGAACCUGUUGAAAGCGGUUGGUUAUCACUACGUCUUUCCGCAGUGUGUCAGCGAUUACAAGCUGCGUCCAGAGGAGGCAAAUCGAGCGUUGAUUGAGUAUGGGUUCGAGGAGGUUCGUGCUAUUUUGGAUACGUUGCAGAGUGAGCAUCUUACCAAGCAUCCCUACCUGCUUGGUGAUGAAUGCACCGUCGCUGAUCUGUGUGUGGCCGUCAUUCUUACGCUCUUGGAUUCCGUUUCGUUUGAUUGGGAUCCGUGGCCGAAGGUUUUCUCGUGGAUGAAGAAGAUGCGGGAAAGGGCCAAGUGGGCGGAGGUGAAUGAAGCGCAUGAGAAAACUGUCGAUACUUCAGGCAUGAGUGAUGGAGACAGCAAGCGUGAUAGACGGUACAGGCAGGUAGUUAGCAUGAUGUUGGUAGAUGAUGUAGACCAGGCAGAUGAAGAGGAGACAUCCGCCAAAGGAGGAGCCAACGGGGUGACAGUUCAAGUUCAUGUGGAUGAUGGCAUUGUGGAGGAAGUGACCCAGAAAGAAGGAGAGGGAAGUGUGGAGACUGCCGUUACAAAGGAAGUUGCCAUUACCAAGGAAGUUGCCAUUACCAAGGAGGUAACCUGGAAAGAAAACGAUGCUCCAGCUGAUCUCACAAACAAGGAUUUGAGUGAGAAGGUAGAUGUUGCCAACCAGGAAGUGAGCACAACAAUGGAGUCUGCAGAGGAGAAGACAUGUGAACCAAAUCAGGAGACCGAGGAAAAGGUUGAUGAGGCUAAGGAGUCUCCUAAAGUAGAUGCGGAUGUUGAGGAGAUGGUGAGUCCAAACGCUGUGGAAAGUUUAAAGCAGGAUGAUGAACAGACUCCGAGUUCUCAGAUGGAUAAGGAGACUAUUGAAACAAAAGAAGAGCAGAACAUAGAGGAGACAGGACAAGGAGAUACAGGGGAAGUUAAUGUGGAAGUCACAGAGGAUGAGCAUGUAGCUGAAUCACUUGCUGAGAAUAAUACAGAAGAAAUUAAUGAUGAAGUUGAUGCAUUACAAGUGGUAGCAGAUGAGUCGUCAGUAGACAAAGCUCCAACUCAAGAGGAAGUAGAGAAACUGGAGAAUACCACAGAACAUGAUGCAUCGACAGACGAGGCAAUAACAGAUGCAACAGAAGCAAAAGGACCAGAAGCUGUAGUAGCCAAUGAGCCAACAACAGAUGAGACUACAACUCAAGAAGCAAAAGGCCUAGAAGAUGCAGCAGUAGCAGCAGCUGAGGCAACAACAGAUGAGACUACAAUGGAAGAUUUGAAGGAACUACAAGAUGCAGCAGCACAUGAGGCACCAGCAGAAACAGUAGCACCUCAAGAAGAUAAGCCACUAGCAAACACAGCAGAGGAUGACAUGGUAGUAGCUGAACCUCCACCUCAACAGGAAAUCAGUACAGAGUCGAGGCAGGAAGACGAAGAUGCCAACAAACCACAAGACGAAUCAGAAAAACUUGCCGAAUCACAAGUAGACGAGGCAGCAGUAGCAAAGGAUCAAGAACAAGGAGUUGAAGACGUACACGAGGCUCUCACUAGCGAAAGUAAGCAGUCAGAAGAUGAUUAAGAGAUGAAAGGAUGCAUGCAUUAGCUGCAGUAAUGAGUAACCUACUCUAGCAAUUUCGUAGUUUUUCCUGAAGGCAAUUUCUUGGUAGUGACCAGUUAGCACAGAACAGCACGAGUCUUAUUACACGAGAUGCAGUCAGUGAGAUAAAUUGCAACCUACUAAGGUGGACAUUCAUUGUGAUGCAUUUUGUUGAAGGUUCAUGUCUCUAAACCUUCCAGCUUCUUUAUUUAGUAGAAAAAUUAAUGUUAUUGCAGUUAAUUAACAAGCAGCCUAAGAAGUGUC